AAAUUGUUUAAUAGUACAGGGUGAAUAUCUAACGGCCGGUCAGUUGUCAGUUACUGGUGGAUACGAGCGCGCGACUUGCUUUUAAUAUUGUUUUGCCGCGGGUAGUGUAUGAAAGUUUUCGUGAGUUCUGCUGUUUCAGCGAAUUGUACGCAACACGUGGUUGAAAGUUUUGCACAAUUAGGAUUAUUAGUGCCCGGUUUAUCAAAUUAGUAGUUUAGUGUGGUGUAAGUGUUUUGUGAACACUGAUUUUAGAUGUGGAUUGUAUAGUGAACGGUUUUCACUAAUCGACAAACUGGAGCAUAUAAAUUUUUCACAAUUUAUGGGUGACAUGGAGAUUCAGGACUUCAAGGUGAUGGCUGGAGUAAAUGACAGGUGGAUGCCAUACUAUACAGUAGCAUUUACCUCCGAGAGUGAUUAUGCACAAUAUCAUUUAACAGUGAUUACAAGUGUUAAAAACUAAUCUAAGGAAAUGAAAAGAUGUCCCAAACAUGCUUAAAUCGGACAGGACGAUAACCCCAUCGUGUUCACGUUGUCAACAUUUUAAAAAAAGUGAAUCAGUGUGAGUGUUGUGAGAGUGUCAGGUUGCGAUGAGGCGGGGGGCGGGAGUGCCCCCGCGCCUCUUAUCAGUUGAUAAGGCGUCGUGGCGGCCCGAGGCAAGCGAGGUAUCGGCAAACGUGGUGAAGUCUUCAGGGUGACCAGGCUGCUUGGACCAAAGCGGCCGCCGCCCGCAAUGCUGCAUUCACUAAACGCGCUGGCGGGCAAGAUCUCGCCGGGCGGCGGCCUCGACACAAACGCGAACCGACAUUCGCACCCCAACCGAAACCACAAGGCGUCCUCGCCCUCUGCACCCUACUCUAAGCCCAAUGGGAUGAGUAUGAUCAAUAACAACAACAGCACAAGUAUCAACAACAACAACAAUGAGGACGAGAAGGCGGAUAUGCCCGACCCCGAUUACAUUAAGAUGUUCGUGGGGCAGGUGCCGCGCAGCAUGGACGAGAACGACCUGCGCAUGAUGUUCGAGGAGUUCGGGCGCGUGCACCAGAUCAACGUGCUGCGCGACAAGAUCACCGGUGCGAGCAAAGGGUGCUGUUUUGUGACGUUUUUCACCCGCAAAGCGGCGCUGAAAGCGCAAGACGCUUUGCACAAUAUCAAAACGCUGAGCGGGAUGCACCAUCCAAUCCAAAUGAAACCGGCUGACAGUGAAAAUAGAAAUGAACGCAAGCUGUUCGUGGGGAUGCUCAACAAGAAGCUGUCGGAGAACGACGUGCGAGCGCUGUUCGCGGGGCACGGCGCCAUCGAGGAGUGCACCGUGCUGCGGGACGCGCAGGGCCAGAGCAAGGGCUGCGCGUUCGUCACGUUCGUCUCUAAGCAGGCGGCCAUCGCUGCCAUAAAGACACUGCACCACAGUCAGACCAUGGAGGGUUGUUCAGCCCCGCUGGUUGUGAAAUUCGCCGACACGCAAAAGGAAAAGGAGCAAAAGAAGCUGCAGGCGAUGCAGGCGAGCCUGUGGGGGCUGACGACGCCGGUGACGCCGACGGCGUACCUCGCGUCGGAGGCGGCGCUCUCGCCCGCCACACAGCUGCAGCUGCUGCAACAGUUGCAGGCGGUGGGGCUGCAGCAGCAGUUGCUGCAGGGCCAAGGGUCCACGCUGCUGCAAGGUGUUAACUAUCAGGAUAUCGCUUUCAAUGGCGCAGGCUUGAGCGGCGGGACAGUGAGCGGGGUGGGGUCCAUGGGUGGCGGUGCCGCCGACCAGUUGGGUGGGCUGCUCGCGCCGGUGUCGGUGCAGAACCUGGCGGCGCUGGCAGCUAUGACGCAGCCCGUGGUGACGCAGGCGACGCCCAUAGCCCCCACUGCCGCGCCUCAGCCGGCGGCGCCACAAUUAUGUCUUCUCGGGAAGACUAACAUAACAGGGUCUACAGCGGAGCCACUGAGCUCUGCGUACGCGGCGCAAUUUGGCAGCGCGUUCGCAGCCGCGCCGCUCGGUUCCGUGCUCGGCUCGGCCGCCGCUGCCGCUGCGGGCAAGCAGGUCGAAGGUCCAGAAGGCGGUAACCUGUUCAUAUACCACCUGCCGCAGGAGUUCACCGAUACGGAUCUCGCAUCGACCUUUUUACCCUUCGGGCACGUGAUUUCGGCCAAAGUGUUCAUAGACAAACAGACCAACCUCUCCAAGUGCUUCGGCUUCGUGUCCUAUGACAACGCCGCCUCCGCACAGGCCGCGAUACAAGCCAUGAAUGGCUUCCAAAUAGGUACAAAAAGACUCAAAGUUCAAUUGAAACGUUCCAAGGAACUCUCGAGACCGUACUAGACAUAGACAACUUGUUCCUAGUGAUUGAUUUUUCAAAAAAAAACUAGAAACUAUGCAAAGGUUGUAAGUAUUUGAACGUUUGUUGUGAUGUAAACCGGUGCACUUUGAACUGACAGAUAGAUAAGGUUCGUACGAAAACGCGAGUCCAUGUGCACAGUUGUUAACUAAUAAGUAUAAGGUUAAGGUUUGUGUCAAAGGAUUUAUCGUUUCCAAAGUAUUCCCCAAAUUGUUUAUUACUUAUUCAUAUUUUUUAACUUAUAAGUUUUAGUCACUUUAAGCGUAAGUUCAACGCGUUUUGCAAGCGAUACUUUAUGCACCAAAGAAAUGGUACCUACCGAGCUAACAGUGUCGAUUCAUACGCUCAUGGAAUAACUCAAAUUACGUACGUGUUAAAAAUACCUAUAUAUUUUGCCAUCCAAAGCUUAUUACCGGUGAACAAACGCCGGAACUACCAAAUGAGUAUUGCUACCUAUUUUCAUUGUUUUGUUCGUCAUAUUAUAGAACAACUUUAUAUUUAGAUACUUAAGUAGAUAUUUCUUCGUUAUAUUAAUUUUCUGUGUUACCGAUAUAAUUUGUUGUGUUAAAGUAAUCCACGUGGCCAUUGCAGUUUUUGUUCAAAUAAUAUUAGAGUAACGAAUCGAUCUCAAAGUGAUCAGUGUAUUUAUUUUACCUGACUUGUUGUCAAUAGUGUACUUAAACUUGUAAUUAUGUUUGUAAGACUGCCUACCGUGAACGUUUCUAUCGCUCUAUUGACCCGAAAUAUGUGAAUUAUUCAUAUUACGUAGUAGAUAUCUCAAAUGUUUUAUUCAAAUCACGAUAUGUAUGUAUAUACAUUGUAUUUUUCUCCAGAUAUUCUUAAUUCGUCUAAACACAAAUUAUAAUACUGACUUUAGACCACAAGUCACACAAGUGAAAUGGCUCUCACAAGGAAAAAGGUUGAUUUCACGUGAAAAUAUACCGUGUGGAUAUUUGAGAUAUCUAGUACCUAGGUGCAAAUCGUAAAUAUUUCCUUCUUGUCGUACUUGUUUGUGUGUAACAUAUAUAUAUUAUAUAUCUGUAAAGUAGAUAUUCAAUUGAACCGUUUACUGGUCGACCGUCUAGGCCUAGGCUAUAUUCGGCGUACUACUGACAACCCAUUACGGGGAUUCGUUUUACCAUAAUCCCAUGAGUCUUUUAUUUAACACAUCGAACACUGGACCUUUAGUCAAAAUUUUAUUAGGUUUAAGUAUUUAAUAUUUAGAAUAUUUUCGUACGUAAGUUUGGUAUUCGAACAUCGCCCAUUAUGAGCACCAAAACAUUCUGAAGAAUAUAGCUCGGCGACAUUAUUAUGUUAAUUGCUCAUAACAUGGGUUCAGGUACUUAAAACUGUUUGCCAAUACAUUUCACUUCUUAUAUCACUGGCACAGUUUGCUCUUUAUAUUGUACGUUAUUAUAAUAAUAUAAUUAAACUUUACUUCUUACACUUUUUGUAAUUUUAGAUGCUUUUCCUUUAAUUAUAAUAACUCGAAGAUGUAAGUAACUCAUAAGAGGAAGUAACUCAUGAGUGUUUAAUUUAAACUUGUCAGAAUCAUCAGGCGUUGACUAGACCUAGAGGUACCUAUCGAUCGUAUUUUAUUUACUUGUGUAAAUGAUGUUUUACUAAUUCGAGUUGUGCCGGCGCGUUAUGUUCCAACUAGACACGAACGACCAAUUUAAAAAUGUAAAGUACCUAACCUGUCACUUUAUGUAAUAGACUUAUAGUUAAUAUUCUACGUGUUUACUUUUGUCGUUUAAAGAACUGAUGUAGAUCAUCAUUGAAAUAGCUUAAUUAAAUUUAGUUGAGUAUUAUAUAUUAAAGAGAGGAUUAUAUGAUGGUUUAUAAGUUAUUAACUCUAAUUUAGUCAUGUUUUGAUGUCUGAAAAAAAGACAAUAUUUAGACUGAAUAAGUUCCGUUGUAGGUGUUACAGUUAGUGAUUCAGUCAUUGUCUAGUGAUUCCUUUAGGGUUCCGUAGAACCUACAUGAUUAUAGCUUUUUGUCGUUCUUUUUUCUUGUUGUGAGAUAAAUUAUUAUUAGAAGGGGAAUGUAUUUCUUUAAAUUUUAUUUUAACGUUUUUGUAGGUUAAUUAAAACAUGGGACACGACCACGAGAUCAGUCUGUUAACUUAUAGGUAUGAUUUUAAAAAUACUUGUCAAAAAUGCUAGUGUGGAGGGUUUUUUACCUACUUAAUAUUUCUUAGGUAUGUAUAAGGGAGACCUCAUUGUUGUUGUGCAUAAAAAAAUGCCUUUUGGACUUUGCAUGUGAAAUAAAGAUUUCAGUUCUCGUAGAUUAAUGCUGUUACAUCUGAGUUUCCUGCCAAAACACUGACAGCCAAAAUUUGUAGUCAUUAUAAAGUUGUACAAAUCCGUAUUUGACAUUUAAUAAAUUAUUGUGUUCGUCCGACAUUGAAGUUUACCAAGGCAUGUGGGAAAAUUUGAGAGAGGUAGCUGCACGAAGCGAAAUAAUAGACGUCAUUACAAUUUCCAUCCAAGAUAACAUUUUGUUCUUCGUUUUAUAUAAAAUUCGUAUUAUAUAAAAAGAUCAGCCAUGGCGACUACUUUUUUAUUUAGACGUAUGGAAAUUGCGUUGAUAAAUGAUAAUAUAUUUAAAAAAGGGACAAGAUAGCAUUUUGUAUGUGUUGCCGUGACAAAUUAUAUUUCGCUUCCUCGAUUAAGGAACAUGCUAAAGAAAUGAGGAAAUGGCCAAAUAUGUUCCAUAUGAUCUAUAUUAAACUUUCGUGAGACAUAUUUUAAAAUGUUUAUACGACAACGGUUUCACUCACUUGAAUUUUCAAAAAUUUCACAAUUGAAUUGAUUGAGAAUUUUUUUUUGAAUUCAAGUGAGUGAAACCGUUGUCGUAUAAACAUGUUCAUUAUGCAUGAAAUAUCAAAGCAACAGAACGAGACAAUAUCUGAUGCCGGGUUACUUUGCAAGUUUGCCGGGUUACUUUGCAGCGGACUCCCUCAGCAGCCAACAAGUCUCUGGGCAUUUCUAUUUAAAGUUGUACCCCCAACUUGCAUUUUAGAUUUUGGAAUUUUUAAAUUAUUUCCACGAAUCACGAGCCCUUUCGAUCCAAAUACAAGAAAAAAAGUGUCCCCAAAAUUUCAUACAAAUUUUUGUUGUCCGUUUUGUUACGGUCAUAGAAGGUUGUAUUAAAACCGUAACCAAACGGACCAAAAAUUUGGGGGACACGUUUUUUCUCAGUAAAAAUGGAAAACGCUCGUGAUUCUGGGUAGAAAUAAUAUAAAAAUUCCAAAUUCUAACACAAAAAAAUUUGGUACCACUUUAAAUAGAAAUGCCCCUCUAUUAUUUGUUUAGAAUUUCAUUUUACAAGCACUCCAAGAAUGAGAUGAUUUUAGUGAGAUUUAUUAACAUGUCACCCCGUCGUCCACACUGAUAACUAACAAUUCAGAAACCUUAUUACAGAGACAAGAGGUUUACUAUUGUCAGUUUAAAAAUUAGUCUUAUAGUUCUAUGUUACUAAUUUUACGUUAUGCAAAACUGAUGAAGUGUAAGUAGUUGCCAACCACACAGGUACCUAGCUCAACCUGCCGAUGCUGGGAGUUAAAUUUUAUUUUCCUUAUCCUGGAUUAUUGAUAUAGCUCAUUAAUUAUAAGAACUGGCCAAAUCCAGAACGACUACUAAACAAAGUAACUGCUAACUUCAGGUAUUUUGUUACUUGUCAGCUUUAUUGUAUACCGCCAUUUAUUAAGUACCCAUUCAAUUUAGUUAAUCUUUGUAACGAGUGUAAGAAAGAACAUUUCUAAAUUGACCCAUAAAUAGGACAGAAUAAUUAAGUCCAUAUUGUACCAUGUCAGCAUAUCCUAAAAUACGGACGUAAAUUUAUUUUUACACAAUUUCGAGGCACCUUAUUUAGUAUACAAUGGUAAAAAAUUAAUAUAAAAGAACUGUUUUAUACAACACCUGUUUUGUUGAUAUGAAUGUAAAUAAAUGUCAAGUUUAAAAAACAAAA